AGAGGUGGAGAGCGAUGGAGAGAUGGAGUCGCACUACCCAUCUCCCCACUUGAUGGCCACUGAUAGCUGCCGAUGCACGAGAGCUAGCUAGGCCAAAAAAAGUGGCAAAAUUCUGUGCUCCGUAUGUGUACAAAUUUGUACCGGUACCAAAUUUCCCAAGAAAUAUGUGAGGUUAGAGCAGAUGCGAUGGCCUCGUGCUACUAGGUACCACACUAAGAGAGAGGGAGACUAGCACCAGCAGGCUAGGCACAAGCAGCAAACUGCAACUGCCGCUGCAGCUGCAUGCGUUUGUACUUGGUGAUGAGAGAGAGGGUGCUUUAAGCUUAGUCGUCCCCUCGGCUCAUACAUGAUACAUGCAUGGUCCCCCCCCCCCCCUCCCUCCUCCCACCGGCAUCCUCUCCUCUUCGACCUUACGAUGCCCCCAUGCUCUUAAAACCACACCAGCUAGUAGCCAAAUUCUCGAGCUUCACACACAUACACACAUAGCAAGCUUGUCGCUACAGAACCUACGACGUAGAAUUCUUUGUGGAAGCAGCCGGCCAUGGCCAAACCGCAGGACGUGCGCAGCGUCGACUCGUUCUCGCAGCUGCCGUUCGUCCGGCCGGCGCCGGCGCCGCAGCAGCCGCGGGACACCAUCCGUCUGUUCGGCUGCGAGUUCUCCAACGACCAGCAGAUGCAGGCCAAGGAGGCCGCGGCCGACGGCAGCACGGUCACUUCCGAGAGCAACGCCAGGAGCGGCGGCGCGACGGCGGAGAGGAAGUUCGAGUGCCACUACUGCUGCCGCAACUUCCCGACGUCGCAGGCGCUGGGCGGGCACCAGAACGCGCACAAGCGCGAGCGCCAGCACGCCAAGCGGGCCAACCUCCAGGCCUCCCUCGCCAUGCACCGCUACGUGCCCGGCCACAUGUACGGCAUCUUCAACCACCACCACCUCGGCCGCUUCGACCAGCCGACGCCGCUGCCGCCCCCGUCGCCGGCGCCGGCGAUGUGGACGAGUGCCAAUCCGGGACCCUACGGCGGCGGGACAGGCUCCAUGUCGCAGCCUAUUAACGGUAGUCCGGUGCCGGGGCUCUGGAGGAUGCCGCCGCCGUUGGAGAAUUUCGGCACGGCCGGCCGGCACAGCGCUGACACGGCUAUGGUGGUGAGACCAGCAGGGGCGCUAGGAUGCAAGGACGACAAGGUGGUGAUGAGCUUGCUGUCGUCGUCGCCCUCGUUCUUGUCAUGCUCGUCCACGUCGCCGGAGAAACUAGGUAGGUGUGAAUUGGGAUUGAAGGAGAGUGUUAGCUUGGAUCUUCAUUUGUAAUUUUUGUUUAGGUUUUUUUUCUUGUGGAUUAGCGGUUGCAAGUGUAUGUUAAUUCUCAUAGUUCUUAAAUAAUCUCGAUCUUUUUACCGUCUGA